UCUCGUGGGCGCGGGUGAAGAGGGGAGGCCGCGCGAGGAACGGCUGAGGAUGCUUGGUCUGGUCAGCCUGGAGAAGGGCACACUGAGGGGGGAAUCUCACUGCAGCUUCCCCCCGAGGGGCAGCGCCUGUCUGCCCUCUGUGACCGGCGACAGGGCCGAGGGAACGGCUGGAGCUGUACCAGGGGAGGGCUAGGUGGAUUCUAGGAAAAGGUUCUUUCUCCAGAAGGUAAUUGGGCACUGAAUAGGUUCCCCAGGCUCUCCUUGUCACAGCCCCAAGCCUGGAGAGUUCAAGAAGCCUUUGGGACACGAUCUCAGGCACGGAAUUUCAUCUGACAAAAAUGGGUGAACCUCAGCAAGUGAGCGCCCUCCCUCCGCCUCCAAUGCAAUAUAUCAAAGAAUACACUGAUGAAAAUAUCCGUAAAGGGCUGGCUCCAAAGCCCCCUCCGCCUGUCAAGGACAGCUACAUGAUGUUUGGGAACCAGUUCCAGUGUGAUGAUCUGAUCAUUCGGCCCCUGGAGAGCCAGGGCAUUGAGCGGCUGCAUCCUAUGCAGUUUGACCACAAGAAGGAGCUAAGGAAACUUAACAUGUCUAUCCUGGUCAACUUCCUGGACCUCUUGGACAUCUUGAUAAGGAGUCCAGGGAGUAUAAAGCGAGAGGAGAAGCUGGAAGACUUGAAGCUGCUUUUUGUCCACGUGCAUCACCUGAUAAACGAGUACCGGCCCCACCAGGCCAGGGAGACGCUGAGGGUGAUGAUGGAGGUGCAGAAACGGCAGCGCCUGGAGACGGCCGAGCGCUUCCAGAAGCACCUGGAGAGAGUGGUGGAGAUGAUCCAGAACUGCCUGGCGUCCCUGCCCGAUGACCUGCCUCACACAGAGGGGGGGCUGAGGGUCAGCGUGGAGCCCACGGAUGCUGAUGAUGGCAGCAGCUGCGCUGGGCAGAGCGAAAAGCAGAGGGAGCGUUCUGGGGGCAAGAGAGAUCAGGUUUUGGACAAGGAUGCAGCAAUGUGCAGCAUUAUUGAUGAAAUGACAUGAAGCAAACAGCUGGUUUUGUUACUGCACCGCAGUGAGAGACAGGAGGGGUUCUGAGGAUACACGUUGUGUUUUGUUUUGCUGUUGUACAAGCAGACAAAGCAUUUGUUGUGCACCUGUUGGAGGUUGUGAGUGACUGGGCAGAUGAAAAUGUUUAAAGGUUUGUGGUUUUUUUGGUAAAAAUGAAAAAAUCUAACUUUUGUUAAAUGUAUCAUGUGAGAUGGUAGGCACAGAUUAAAGUUGUUUUUUUGUGUUGUA